AUCAGUAACCUAGAGGAGCCGCUAGGGGGAGCACGUGUUCAGGUGUCCCCGUGACGAACUUUAUCAAUAAACAUUCAAACGUUAAUUAUUAUAACGAUAGGUUAAGAGACUGCAGUGCAGCCAUACCAAAUUCUUGUGUUAUCUCCAAAAACCGUGUUUGUAUUCAAAAGUGCGUGAACAGAAUAAUUUUCUCGAGGAUUUCAUUUAUAAAAUAUCUUAUCGGAGGAAUCAUGCCAUCAUCAUUAUCGAUUUGGAGAUCAUCGCACGACGUCAUUUAAGCUCGAGACACCUUACUCUUAGCACACAAGGGAAGAUACAAGUGCCUAGUGCGGUCGUCAAUUUAAACAAGAAAGGAUCACCAAACGUUCCUACCGUCCCCAAAAUUGUUCCUAAAUAAUCUUAUUUCUAAUUCAAAAAUUAAAAUACGAAAAUCUUCUAAUUCCAAAAUUCAAAAAAGUUUAAAGUUAGCCGAGCCCGCUUUCGGGUUCUUGCUGUGGUUUAGUGAAGUGUGGACUUUUUAGUGAAAUAAACUUUUUUUUUAAUUAACACAAUGGCCAGCACCGGCAGUGAGAUCUGGCUGCAGUGGUUCGCCUGCUGCUACCAGCCAGCGGCACAGGCGCAGCGCACGCGCCGAAGGAUAGACAGAUCCAUGAUCGGUGCACCAACGAAUUUUCAACAUACAGGACACAUAGGCUCGACUGAUGUGGACAUGCCCUCGUCGUUGCUGCACUCCAUACAGAACCAAAUGCAGAGUAAAGGUGGCUACGAGAUGGCUUACGGAGUUAAGGUCUACUGAUCGAUAGAGGUGCACAUAAGGACGCUAGUGACAAAACAGAGUGAAAUAAAUAUAUUACCCUUCUGUGUCGUUACUUUCUAAAUGUAUUUAUUGUCAAGCCUUAGUUAGAAUUUACUAGGAUAAGAAAUUUGAUUGUACAUACAUUCACUACAAUUCGAAUACAUGAGGGUGUUUAGGAAAAUGCACGUCACUAUUUAGUUGGCGCCACUGUGACAUAGAUAAUAAAAACUGCGACAGUGACGCGAGGUCUUUUGUAUAAAGUUUUUGUCGCGAACUAAUCGAACAAGCAUUUUAAUCGAUUCAUAGACUGUGACGACAUAUGCGAUAUGACGGAUGAGUAGCAUAGAGGUAUAAGAAUAGAGUGGGGCAGGCGGCUCUAAAAGUGUCCGUCUAGUAAAAAGAGAAAGAAGAUGAGAGACCGCUAGCUA